CACACAUUCUCUCUCUCCCAUUUUAAACACUGCCUUGGGAUCAGGCAGCCAAAACCCUUUCCUCGCCACAUUCAGCUAAACAACAGACCACUCUUCUUUCCCAGAGAAACCCCAAUUUCCUUAUCCCGUUCGAUCAUCACUGAAUUUUAGGGUUCUUGAAAUGAACAUCUUCAAGAAGAAAACUCCACCCAAAGAUGCGCUACGAACCAGCAGAAGAGAAAUGGACAAUGCUACUCGAGGCAUUGAACGUCAAAUUGCCUCUUUAGAAAUGGAAGAGAAGAAAUUAGUUGCAGAGAUAAAGAAAACAGCUAAAACUGGGAAUGAGGCUGCCACUAAAAUUUUAGCUCGCCAACUGGUUCGGCUGAGGCAACAAAUAGUAACUUUACAGGGGAGUCGCGCUCAGAUCAGAGGUGUAGCAACUCACACGCAGGCGCUAUAUGCUAGCACAUCUUUAUCAACUGGAAUGAAAGGUGCAACUAAAGCAAUGUCAGCCAUGAACAAGCAAAUGGCGCCCACAAAGCAAGCCAAAGUGAUCAGACAAUUCCAGCAAGAGUCUGCACAGUUGGACAUGACGAUUGAGAUGAUGUCAGAGUCUAUAGACGAAACCUUAGAUAAAGAUGAAGCUGAGGAAGAAACUGAAGAGCUUACAAACCAGGUGCUUGAUGAGAUCGGUGUGGACAUUGCUUCUCAGUUAUCUUCAGCCCCAAAAGGUCGUAUUGCAUCAAAGAAAGUCGAGAAUGCUGCUCCUCCCAGGUACGGCCCCAAAAGGUCGUAUUGCAUCAAAGAAAGUCGAGAAUGCUGCUCCUCCCAGAUGCAGUUCUCAGUCUACUGAUGUUGAGGAUCUGGAGAAAAGGUUGGCCUCUCUUAGGAGGACAUGAUUCCCUAUAUCCUCUUAAGGAUUGUUAUGCUGCCUUGCAAGAAAGCUGCUCAACUCUUCUUCUCUGUGGUGUAGAAUAUGAAAUUAAUGCUUUCACAAUUUGUACAACUUUAGAGAAAACAAUGUGUACUUAUAAUGCUAAUAAUAAUGUGUUUAAUAAUCUUUCUACUUCAAAACAUCCCAUUAUCGGCAUUCAAAUGGAACCCAAUCCCACCACCCCUUGUGUAAUACUGCGUAUUUCGUAGAUUGUGUACUUAUAGUAAAAACAUCACUUUUCA